GUGUGUACCCAUUUGUCAAUUUUUCGCAACGGCACAGCAAAGAUAGCGACAGUGGUUCUUAUACAAUUUUUAUGAUAAUUGUAACAAUAAUCCUUACUUGAAAGUAAUUGGAAAAUUGUGAAAAACGUGCAAACGCUGCUUGGUAUAAGCGCAAAAGGUUCCAUGCAGCGAGGGAAACGUACAGAUUGGCUUUUGUGCGUGUGAGUGAGAAAUUAAAAUGUGGAAUAUGAUGUGCGACGUAAUGCCAACAAUUUCGGAGGACAGUAUCUCCCAGAGAUCCUCACAAUUCAGCGGCGAAGAUGCCAACUUUGAACAGCUUAUGGUGUCCAUGUUGGACGAGCGUGACAAGCUUAUGGACAGCUUGCGCGAAGCACAGGAGCGGCUCAGUGAAACAGAAGUGAAAUUACACGAUGUGGAAAAGGAGCGCGAUAGUUUACAGCGGCAGAUAAAUGCCAACUUACCUCAAGAAUUCGCAACUUUAACUAAAGAACUAACGCAAGCGCGAGAAACGUUAUUGGAACGUGAUGAGGAAAUUGGCGAACUUAAAGCUGAACGCAACAAUACUCGAUUACUUUUGGAGCAUUUAGAAUGCUUAGUCGCACGCCAUGAACGUUCCUUGCGUAUGACAGUCGUUAAACGACAAGCUGCCGCGCAAAGUGGCGUCUCCAGUGAGGUGGAAGUGUUAAAAGCAUUAAAGAGUCUAUUCGAACAUCAUAAAGCUUUAGAUGAAAAAGUACGCGAACGUCUGCGCUUAUCAAUCGAAAAGAAUAAUUCACUUGAAGAGGAAUUAAAUACAACCAAAGAAGAGCUUCAACAAUAUAAAACUGGUGCAAUACAAGCCAAUCGUGAAGCUAGCAAUGAAAAUGGUGUGAAUGAGAAGGUCGGCAGUGGCCUUAACGGUGAAUCGAAUGAGGCGAACGAUUAUGCUGCGAAAACGCAUGAGCUGCAAACUAUAAUCGAGAAACAAACUGCAGAGCUAUCGCAAUGGCAGCGGCGUGUGUCUGAUUUGAAUAGUAAAAUUUCCGAAAUCGAGGAGAAUUUAAGUAGAACACAAAAGGAGCUGUGCAAGUCACAAGAACAAUGUUCGAAAUUACAAAGAGAUUUGAGAGAAAAUGUUGCACAAAAGGAGGAUCAGGAGGAACGUAUCGCCACAUUGGAGAAACGUUAUUUAAAUGCUCAACGUGAAUCGACAUCUUUGCAUGACUUGAAUGAGAAACUCGAACAAGAAUUGCGUCAUAAAGAAGCACAAAUUAAGUUACACGAGGAGAAGAUUUGCGCAAUCGAAGAAAAGUUGGAGCUAUCUGAACAAAAGUUGGCGCAGCAGGCUAAAUUACAGCCUGAUAUGGAAGAACAGCUUAAAGCACGCAUGGAAGCUUUGACAAAGGUAGGAAAUAAGGCACAAGAACGCCAUGGUUCAGCAGAAGAUCGCAUACAGCGUUUAGAGGCAAAUUUGGAAGAGAAAAAUGCAGAGGUUUUAAGACUGAACCAAAGAUUAAAAAUGAACGAGGAGCACAAUUUACGGUUGUCGUCCACCGUGGACAAAUUGCUAUCCGAAUCGAAUGAACGUUUGCAAGUGCAUUUGAAGGAACGCAUGCAUGCGCUCGAUGAGAAGAACACGCUCUCACAGGAAUUGGAGAAGGCGCGUAAAAUGGCCGAGGAGCUACACCAUCAGAAGGGUGAAAUCAUGAAGGAAUUGUCGAAAACGCGCCUCGAAAUUGAGAAUUUCAAACGCCAAUUGCUACAGCAAGAGAUCGCCUACAAUAUACAACAAACGGAGGCGCUUACACGCAGUCUCUCGCCCAGCAGCGCCGUCGAUGGUGGUGCCUUCUCGCGCAGCACUUCGCACGCCAGUUUCGAUACGCAUUCGUUACGUCGCAGCAAGUCACGCAUGCAAGAGGAGGCGAAUAUUGCGCGCUCCAUGGCCGAGCAAGAGUGGGAGAAUCUGCAACAGGCGCAUGCACAACAAGCCUACGAAAUGUCUGCUGCUGUAGCAGCUGCAGCCGCCGCCGAAUGUGAGGAUAGUGAGGCCGCUGCGGCGGCCGCCAUGUAUGCCGCCUCCGAUAUAAUGUCGCCCUCGGGACAUGCGGAUGCACAAACGCUGGCAAUGAUGUUGCAAGAGCAACUGGACGCCAUCAAUAAUGAGAUACGUUUAAUACAAGAGGAGAAGCAGUCGACAGAGGCGCGUGCCGAAGAGUUGGAAUCGCGUGUGGGCAGCUUGGAACAUGUGAAUUUGUUGGCGCGCGGUCGCUCGAUGGACCGACAAAGCCCACCGAUGAGCGGGCGCAGCACACCAAACAGUCCCAACAGAGAUUUCCUACAGAAAUAUCACACGUUAAAUUUACCCGUUUUGUCGAGUGAUAUGUCGCGCGAUGACAUACACGGCAUGUCCACCACAGGCGAUUCAAGUUCGGGUGGUGCCGCCUCACCGCUCACCGCACGUUCUAUGCGUCUUGAACGUGUUGCGCAGGCUUUGGCACACAGCCAGGAGGAGUUGCGGCGGCGUUCGGUUGGCAUCUCACCAAAUCAAGCUGUCGACCACACAAGCCACGUGGCUUUGCCGCAACUUAGUAACUAUGGUCUGUCGCCGCUGAGUUCGCGGUAUGGCAGUCAGGAAUCACUCAGUCGCCACUACAAUACAAUGGGCUCAAUGACAAUGCUGCAGACACCCACCACUAGCGUAGGACGUGAUGUCGCUUCGGCGGUGCAAAAGAAGAAGGGCAUCAAAUCGAGUUUGGGACGUUUCUUCAGCAAGAAAGACAAGGUGAAAGGCGUUAAGGAUACGCUGCCCGACGGUUCGACCAGCAUGAUGUCCAUUGGCAAUCUGUCAAUUGGGCUGAGUGAGGGCGAGUCGAAUUAUGAUGUUAUGAGUGUGACUGGUGGUAUGGUGCCGCGCAUGAGCAGCAUGCCAGGUUCGAAAAUAUCCUCGGUUGAUUAUGGGCGACAGAAGAAGGAUCAUGACUAUAGAAAUGACUUGCUGGGUGAGGCGAUGAAAGCCGGUACACCGUUUGCGUUAUGGAAUGGACCAACCAUUGUUGCCUGGUUGGAGCUGUGGGUGGGCAUGCCUGCAUGGUAUGUGGCCGCGUGCAGAGCUAACGUGAAAUCGGGUGCCAUUAUGAGCGCGUUGAGUGACACGGAGAUACAGCGCGAGAUUGGCAUAAGCAAUCCACUGCAUAGACUUAAAUUACGCCUUGCCAUACAGGAAAUGGUUUCAUUGACUUCGCCAUCAGCGCCUCAAACGUCACGUACAACGUUGGCUUUUGGUGAUAUGAAUCACGAGUGGAUCGGCAACUAUUGGCUGCUCGGUCUCGGCCUCCCGCAAUAUCGCACUACAUUUAUGGAGUGUUUGGUCGAUGCGCGCAUGUUGGAUCAUCUAACGAAAAAAGAUUUGCGCGGUCAACUCAAAAUGGUGGAUAGCUUCCAUCGUACUAGUCUGCAAUAUGGCAUUUCGUGUUUGAAACGGCUCAACUAUGAUCGCAGUGAGCUCGAGCAUAGGCGUAAAAUGUCGGAAAAUGGCUUAUGCGAUGUGCUAGUUUGGAGCAAUGAUCGCGUUAUACGUUGGGUGUGCAGUAUUGGCUUGAAGGAAUAUGCAAAUAAUUUACUAGAAUCCGGCGUGCAUGGCGCGCUACUUGCUUUAGAUGAGGGUUUCGACUCAAAUGCAAUGGCAUUGGCAUUACAAAUACCAACGCAAAACGCACAAGCGCGCCACACUUUAGAUAAAGAAUUUAAUAAUUUGCUGCAAAUCGCCACAGAUCGAAGGCCGGAAAACGAACAGCAUACUAAUUCUUGAUCCAGCUACGGUUUUGCGGCCGAUAUGGCUGAGGAAUAAAACAGUAAAAAUACCAAACACUAAACACAACAGCAGCAAUAGAAACAGAACAACAAACAAAGUCGCCCGGGUUGCCCGAAACCCCCGUUUGGGCCAAAGCAAGAAAAAUAAAUUGCAUUCAUGCAUAUACGCCGCUAAACGCUGGAUAAAUAAUAAAAUGCAGAAAAAAACAAACAAACAAAUUAUAACAUAAUUCGUACACAUUCACUCGACAUAUAACAGCAUAAAUUAUUUGACAAAGUCAUGUGUUGCAGUUAUAUCUAUAUAUAUAUAUACAUAUGUAUAUUGUGAGCAAUGCGCCUAAAUGUAUUUGGUAUUAAUAUUUCAUUUAAGUGCGCUAACUAACAUUUGACUUAAAACUAUAAAUUACAUACUUACAUACACACAAUACUUAUAAUAAGUAUGCGCAUGAAAAUCACAUUCAAACAAACAACAACAAAAAAAAAUGAAAAAUUAUAAAUGAAAAGCCACAACUAACAACACGGUUGAAGGAGAAAUUUAUACAACUAAAUAUUUUGCGCGCAAGUUCAAUAAGCGCCGAUGCAAAGUGCAUGAAAAGUUAGCAAUAAGCGCGCAUAAUUAUUAUUUGCGUUACCCCAAAUAUACAUACAUACAUACAGUGUACGUGAAUGCGAAAAUUUUUUGUUACAAAAAAAAAAUCGAUUUAAUUUUAGGACUAAAGUCACUUAAAAUGCAAUAUAAUUCCUUAUUUAAUUCCUUUAAGUAUUUAUUUUGUUACUACGCUCUUUAAACGCUCAUAAUUUCACAAUAUCAUUGUAUUACUGUUUCUUAAAACAAGCACACGUGUACUAAAUAGUGCAUAAAACAAUAAAAAAUUAUAUUUUUGCAAAAAAAAAAAUAUUUGUAAAAAUUAAAUUUACACUUAACAAUACAACUUAGUUGACAUUUUUCACACACACACACAGUUAUUAUUGAAAUUAAAAUUACGUUUAUUAACUAAUUCUAUAUUAUUUAUAUAGCAGUUAGUACCAAAAAAAAAAAAACACACAACAAAUGAACAGUAUUUUGCAGUUUUAUAAGAUAAAGUGAAAAUGAAAUUGAAAUUAAAUUUAAAUAAAAAAAGAAAAACACCAAAAUAAAAACAAAAAAAUACCAAUCAAACACACAUAUACAAACCUACACUUGAAGGCAGCAUACUCCAGCCUUUUUUUUACUGCUCAGUGAACGCGAAAUUGCACAAUCGUGAAAAGAGACAUUAAAAUGCCUAUGAAAAAGCUACAAAUCUGCAGCAUUAUAUGUAUUAUAUUUAACUGCUUCCAAAAACUUGCUAAACAACUAGCAUAACUGUUUCAAUACACAUCUAAAACAAAAUCUAUAUACAUACAUACAUAUAUAUAUCUACAUAUAUAUUUCUUUAUAUAUAUAUGUAUAUUUAUAUAUAUAUAUUUGCGCAAAAUACUUGCAUGUACGAACAAAUGUCGCAUACCAUACCAAAUAGAACAAUUAAUUCCCGCUCUGCUCUGCUUCAAAAACACUUAAGUACAAUUUACAAAUUUACUUUAUCGCCCCGCGCCACCCAAAUGUUGCAUCAAUAUACAAACAGUGUGUUCCAUGCAAGAGUUCCUCUAUUCUAAAUAAGCUUAAAGAAACAAUAAACCGCAAUUGUAUAUUAUUCUAGACAAUGUGUGUCGUUUCAUUGUACUAUGUGUACUUAGUAACUUUUUACAAAAACAAAAACUAAUAAAUAAAAAUUAAUAUAACUCUAAUAUAAAAAAAAAUUAAAUAAAUAAAUAAAAUCUGUAUUAAAUAUAUAUUAACUA